AUGGGGGUAUUUACGCGUUUCUGCUACGGCUGCGCUGCCCAGGUCAUUGCCGAAAAGUUGAUUGCUGAUAGAAGCCCGUGGGAAUGUCUCCACACAGCAUAUUGGAACUUGUAUAGCCUCAUCUCUGCCGCUAUUGCCCAUACGUUGAUGUACAGCAGCUUUUUUCUGUCGGCAUGUAUACGCUUUGCUGGCCCAUGGUUCGCAUCUCUAAAUAUCGAAAUACCAGUCCCCAAACCGAAGCCUUGGUACACUUACGAGAAGCUGAAGGAGGGAGAGAUCAGACUGUUGGGAAUUCAUCGAAACUACCUAUUUUGGGUCUCAUAUAAUAUCUAUGCUGUUCCGAUCAAUCAUGGCAUUCCGUAUGAAGCAAUUAGCUAUGCCUGGGGGGACAGGUCUGACGUUGAAGAGGUCACACUCAACAAUAGAAGGUUUGCCACCACCCGUACCGUUGGCGAUAUCUUACGAAGGCGAAGUAAGCUGAUAGGACUAUGGCCCGGGAAUAUGAGGUUUGUAUGGCUGGAUUAUAUAUGCAUCAACCAGGAGGAUAUUGACGAGAGGAACUAUCAAGUUACGCUCAUGCGACAGAUUUAUCAGAGGGCGUCUAGAGUCAUGGUCUGUUUAGGAGAUGGUCCUGAUGCUAGCAAGGCUGGCUGGCUCUUGUUAAAGAUUUACGCUCUCUCAACGGUCAACACACUGGAAGAGCUAUCUAAUCGAUGUGCCCUGGACAAAAACACUCCUUCGUGGCAGGCUCUCAGCCGAUUCUUCGCCCAUCCAUGGUUCAGUAGAGUUUGGGUCAUACAAGAGGUUGCUGUAGCAUCCAAGGUAUGGGUGACCUACGGUGGUGGGCUGCUAGAUUGGGAACUCGUCCUGUGGGGUAUCUGCACUUUCAGCCGCCCCGAAAUGGCGAGUCACCUCUCAACUGCGACGGCAGAGGUUCGACGUAAUAUUCCAUUGACCCUCCAGCAAGGAGUCAUAGUUGGAAUCAUCAGGAACAAAAUUCAAAGAAAAGACAAGCUCAGUCUGAGAGAAGCAAUUACACUGUGCACUGGGUUUCAGGCCACCGAUCCCAGGGACAAAAUAUACGCAUUGCUCGGUCUCGUCACCGAUGAUCUCGACUUGCGAGCCUGGGUAGACUAUCGAAAGCCGACUGAGCAACUCUACCUGGAAACCGCUCGGUUUCUCCUCUCUCAGGAGGAGUCUCCAUUGCAAAUCUUGAAUUAUGCGGGUACCGGUUAUCCCUGGAACCCCGAGUUCGCCAGCCUCCCCUCCUGGGUUCCUGAUCUGAGUUGCCCUCCCAACACCAGCAGUCUCGACGGCGGAAUCCAACCAUUCCCCUAUAAAGCCUGCGGUAGAUUGCAGCACGAUGCGCAACUCUUGCUCUCCGCACCGCCAGGACAGAUCCGACUUCGCGGAUCCCAAGCCGACGAGAUCGCCUUCCUAGCCCAGAAUAACAACUUCUCCCUCAACGGCGCCACCGACGCCGAGAUGCAAACUUUCUUCCAGGACCGUGCCCUUUGGCUCAAGAACUGCCUCUCGCUCAUCCAAGACCACGUCCCGGAUCCGUACCACACCUUGCAACCGCGCGCCGAGGCCUUCUGGCGCACGCUACUCGGCGACCGGACCGUCGAGGGCCGCCCCGCUCCUGCCGAGUAUGCGGACUGCUACGCCGCGAUGGAAGAGCUGACGUUCUCGCCGCCGGAUGAGCAGCGGACGAGCUUUACUAGCCAGCGUGCGCUGAUCCUCAAGUCGCUGCGGUUUCAGGGCCAGACGGCGGCGAGUAUCCGAGGGCGGCGGUUCGCGGUCACGAGAAGAGGGUUCAUGGGGUUGGUGCCACCGGGGACGGAAGCUGGGGAUGUGAUUUGUGUUUUUGCGGGAGCGAACACGCCUUUCGUGGUGAGGCAGCUUGAGAAGGGGUGGUGGGAGUUGGUUGGGGAGUGCUAUUUCUUGGGGAUUAUGGAUGGGGAGAUGGUGGAUCCCGUGGCAGAGAUGGAGGUUUUCACCUUGUGUUAG